AAGAGAGGCUGUUUGGAAUGAGAGGCCACCGAGAAAGAAUGGGAGCGAAGUUUGCUUCUGAAGUUGGAUUUGUUUUCCAAGAAUUUGACACUAAAUUGCAGGUUUCAUGGCCGUGCACGUUUGCACCAAUGAAAGGAUGAAAUUUAGGUAGUCACUAGCAAGACUUUGAGAAAUGGAUGUUGCAAAAGGAUUCCGUGAUGGUAUGGGCGAUGAACCUGUAGUGGUACCAGAAAUCAAAUUCAUGGAUGGUUUGAAUAUCUAUCAUUGUGAAGUUUGUGACAAGUACUGUAUGUCUUUGAAUGUGCCUGUAGAAGUCCAUAAAAACAGCCGAGGGCAUGUUGAUGCUGAAUUGAAAUGGAUACAAAAUGCUUUGAAGGAUGACACAACAGUUCAGCUAAAUGACUCCUUGGAUAAGAUGCGACCAGCUGUCAAAAAAAGGACAGAAAAGGGUAGAGAUGCUUUCAAAGGAAUGCCCUCAGCCCAAAUUACUAUGGAAAACAUAGAUGAGAUCUCACCACUAAAAUCAAAGAGCAGCAAUCGAAUGAAUAGCGAAGUUUUGGAGAACACAUUGCUAAAUAUCUCCACAGAAUACGGCUUAGGGAAAGAGGAUCUAGAAACAAGGAAAAGGGUGCUUCAAAGUGUUUUCACUAAUCUUCGUGAAUUGUACAAAGGUAGUGAUCGCCAUUUUCGCCUUGAAUUGUUUGGAUCAUCUGCGACCGGAGCUGGACUGAAAGAUGCAGGCAUUGACAUUUCCUUUCAAAAUUGUAGUGUUCAGGACAUGUUAGGUGCCACAAAAUUGAUAAAAAAUUCAAAACGCUACACUAAUGUUGAAGAGCUGCUCCAUCAAAAUCCACCAAAGAUCUCAUUCACAGAUAUUAAGAGUGGAUUGCGAUGUCAUUUGAGCUGCAACACUGAAGAGUACGUGAACACAAGCCUUACAAUUGGAAUGCUGCUCAAGAUGUACAGAUUUGCAUUGCCAUUUUGUCAUUGCAUAAGAUAUUGGGCAAAGAUCUGUGAACUGGAUAAACCGGAAGAGGGAACACUAAGCAGCUGUUGCUUCCCACUGAUGUUAAUCCAUUACUUGCAGACCAUCCAAUUGCUUCCAAUUUGGGGUACACGGCAGGCUCGAUCUUGGAAGUGCCCUGAGUCCAAGGACUGGAGCAUGUUAUGGACGGGAUUUUUAGGAUACUACCAGUAUAAAAUGAAACGUGGAGAGCUCUGUCUCAGUGUGACUAAUGACCAGCCAAGGAAACGAAGGUCCACUUUAAUUCAUAUAUCAGAUCCUUCCUCUACUUACAACCUGGGAAAAACUGUCAUGAAGAAGAAAGUUUUUUUCUACAUUAAGCACUGCUUCAAACGUUCUUUUGAUUUCUUCCGGCACAAGUCAAAGUUAUCUGCAGGCAAAGAUGGUAAUCUUCAAAGCCUACUAGAAAGAGCAAGGCCGACCAGUGAAUCAGAGAGCAUUGCAUCAAGGGACGGUUAUCAGUCUGAUGACGAACAAGAUCUUGGGACUUCCGUUAAGGAUAACGGACUGUCUAGCAAUGAUGAGGAUUCCGCCGACGAAGGGGAUUCCCGCAGUGAAUCUACAGAGGAAAGUGAUAGCAACGGCGCAGAAGAUGACAAAAAUUGCAAUGAUGACUCUCAAUCCGUAUUUGCAGCUAAAAAUACGUCAGCAAGUGAAAACCGAUUCCAUCAAUCAGAUGACAGCGAUGAUGAUUCAUUUGCAAAAUCGGUAUCCCCUCUUAAAGGAAGGGCUAGAACGUCAUCGAAAGGAGAAAGAGACCGUAUCUUGAUCUCAUUCACCAAAAAGAAUUUCUGCGACGGAAUGAAACGCCCGUUGUUUUGUUCUGGAUGCCGUAAAAUUGGCCACAUUAGAGUGUCUUGCCCCACAGAAAACUACAAUAUCAACCCUCUGCCCGAGCUUACGAAAGAGUGGGUAACCUCUCUCUCUUUUAUGUGUAAUUCUUUGAUGAAAAUGUGGGAGCCGGAUUCUCAGGAAAUUCGAGUAAGAAACGAGAAACUAAACCUCUUGGAAAUGCACAUCCAGAACAGAUAUCCAGAUGCUGCUUUGAACCUUUUUGGAUCUUCCCGUAACGGAUUCGGUUUUCGCAAUUCUGAUAUGGAUAUCUGCAUGAUUUUGAAGCGUUUCAAACCGGGCGAAAUCGAUGGGCAAAAGACCAUACGCGAGGUUGAAAAGAUUCUUCGUGGUUGCAACUUCACGUCAAAUGUCUUGUCGAUCAGAACUGCCAAAGUACCAAUCGUCAAAUUCAAGUUCAAGGAUCCAGUCAUUGAAGCUGACAUCAGCUUGUAUAAUUCAUUGGCUUUGAGGAACACGGAGCUGCUGCUGUCAUAUGCUCGUAUUGACCCAAGAGUCAGGGAGCUUGGCUAUACAGUAAAGUAUUUUGCCAAGUUUUGUGAGAUUGGUGAUGCAUCUCGGGGGACAAUUUCCUCGUAUGGCCACAUAGUCAUGCUCCUUCAUUUCCUGCAACAACGCAGUCCCCCCGUACUGCCUAACUUACAAACAAUCAUAGCUGGAAACCGGAAAAGUUUCAUUGUUGAUGGCUGGGAGACUUGCUUCUUCGAUGAUAUCCUCAAACUGCCAGUCGUUUGGCCUGGUUAUGGACAGAAUAAGGAGUCAGUUGGGCAACUCUGGUGUGGAUUUCUGCAAUACUAUGUGGAGGAAUUUGAUUUCGAGUCAAAAGUCAUUUGCAUAAGACGAGACGAGCCAUUGACAAAAUUUGAGAAAGGCUGGGGUCGCUAUACAAUGGCUAUAGAAGAUCCGUUUAAGCAUGACCACAACCUGGCUGCUGGAAUUACUGAGAAGGUUUUUCGAUACAUUUACCGAAUAUUUGUAAAUGCGAGACAGAGGCACUGUACCCCAAAAGUGGAUGCUGGUUAUGAUAUUCGCGAUUAUGCGUUCGAUGCCGCGUCUCUCAAAGGAAAGUUACUGAUGCCAAAUGAUCGAUUAUGCACUAAGUGUGGAAAGAUUGGGCACAGGAAGUCAAAAUGCCAAGUAAACAAUUCGAAGACUACCGAAGAGAGUGCAAAGAGGAAGCCCUCUGCGUCUGCAAAGGAGAACUUGAACGAGAUUAGGAGCAGAAGUAACAGUGGCCGGGUUUGUAAAGAUUGUGGAGAGGCUGGACACAUAGCAUGCCCGGCUGGCCGGAAAACAGUUAUUUCGAAAGAGAUUGUCGAUGAAACUGUAAGCAAAGAUGAUUCUGGGUUUGAGGUAGAUGAUUUUCAGUUCUGUAAGGAUUGUGGAAAAUUAGGGCAUGCUUCAUGUCAGGAAAGUCUGAAUGGAGUUAAUACGGAUGAAUACUCCACGAAGAAGAGAAACGCCACGAAUUCUAGAAAUGAGAUUGAAGUUGCUCAAGCAUGUAAAGUUGGAGAAGUGCUUGAGCACACGCCUCCGCAAAAUGCAAAUAAGUCUGAUUUGGCCAAUAAAGCAGCACCAUCUGAGAUUGCUUUGUUAAAAACGCUCCAAGACUUAAGUUUGGCUGACAAUCCAUUUUUCGGAAAGGCAGCCAGGAAUGGUGUCGGUGAAAGUGCCAGGCUUAAUUUCCCAGCUGAUCUCAGGGCAUUCGGCAAUACGUUUACGCAAAGACAAAGGGGAAUUCAGCAGUUUAUUCCAGGAGAAUCGGCAACGGAUUCCAGCUCUAGCACUUCAGAAGACAGUGACGAUGAAUGCAGUUUAAAAAGUGCGCACGGAGGAGCAAUUAAAUUGGCAAGCGGGAAGCAAGCUCUGAAGAAGGAAAGUGAAGGGGACAAAAAGGCUAAAAAGAAGAAAUAUCGAAAGAGGCGACAGCAUGUUAAAAAGGAGACUGAAGUUAUUGAAGAGUCAAAAACAGGUCCCACAAAGAGAUUUUCUAGGCCCAUGUUGAUGGAGGUUACUCCAAACCAACAGAAAACAAUCGUCCCUGAUGCAAAUAGUCGAUCCGAGAAUUCCUCGAAAUUUCUUAAAGAUGGAAUCCAGAAUAAUAUGCCUCCAAAAGUCGUUAAAACGAAUUUGCAGCGAUCAAAAAAUAACCAAGAGUUUCUGAGUAUGCUGUCGUUUCAAAGUAAUGAUGCUGGUCCAAAGGUAGAUCGUAACAACCAGAAGAUGGGCGGAAACAAGAAUUACGCCCAAAGUAGCGUGGAUUUGCGGAGCACAGAAAGAUUUGAUAUCGGUGGUACAUAUGACAUAUCUCAGAAUGCACCUAGAGACGGAAAUGGUGGAAAAGGCGACAGUGGAGACGGAGGUAGUGGCAGAAGUAGGGGUGGUGGAAGAGGCGGUGAUAGGGGUGGUGGAAGAGGCGGUGGUAGAGGUGGUGGAAGAGGCGGAGGUGGGUUUGGCGGAAGAGGCGGUGAUAAGGGUGGUGGAAGAGGCGGUGAUAGGGGUGGUGGAAGAGGCGGUGAUAGGGGUGGUGGAAGAGGCGGUGGUAGAGGUGGUGGAAGAGGCGGAGGUGGGUUUGGCGGAAGAGGCGGUGAUAGGGGUGGCGGAAGAGGCAAAGGUAGGGGUGGAGCCAGUGCUCAAGGAAUGAGGCAAGGAAGUACCCAAGAUAUGUUGCAAGGACUUCUUCGAGAACCAUCAGAGAAUCGGUCUGAGGGGCAAAAUGUAAGUCAUCAUAGGGGCCGUGGGGCCCGAGGGCGUCAAGGCAGGCGGAGCAAUGCUAGAGGUGGCUUGGGAGGAGAAGGCGAGAGAAGAGGCAACUACCGCGAUGAACUGUAAACGUUUUGUGCUCAAAAUUUCACGAAAUUUUAGAAACUGGCAAGAAGUUUUGAGUCAUAAAUGAAUCACAGUUAUGGCAAAGAGAAGGGUGUGUCAUUAUCUGAGAUCUUGUUAAAUUGUUAAUAUUUGCAUCAUAGCUGUCUUUUUGCAGCCAAAUUUGGAUCUUUUGAGGUAAAAUCAUUUGACCUAAAACCAGCUCGCUUCUGUAUUGCAAUAAUGUCCUCGCCAUGCAGUUGUAUCUGUUAUUUAAGAGGUCUCCUUUUUUGCCAGCUACAAACCCCGAACCGCACCCUUAAACUACAGAACACUAGACAUUCAGCCUAUACUAAUAUCAAGAUAAAAUAUAUUCAACAUUUUCUCACCGUUGUAAUUGCAUGGACUCUUAUCGAUCGUUUCUUAUCGAUUUGUCUGAGAUGAAAACUAUUUAGUUAAUAUCGCAUGAAUUGUUUGAUCCUCAGCAAAGAACGAGAUUGCGAAUGAGCUGUUUUGAAAACAUUUGAGCAACAAAUCUUGGCUGCAGUUGAAAAGGAUAGCUUGAAAAGGUAGUUUUAUGUCGAGUUUAGUACUGAAAUUGCUAGUGUUCCAAAACGAUAUCUUUUGCUUUAAAUCUAAUGCAUUGGCCAACGAAAUGUGUUCCUAGACACAGUCUUAAGAUUCGGUUGUCGUUUUUUCAAUGGAUUUGUACCUCAUUUUAGAAAUGUGAUUUUAGUCCAUCGUAGUUUAAAUUUUAGUCAGAUAUGUAUAACUUUUAUUGUGAACGUUUAAAUUUAUUUGAUAUUAAUGUUGAUUAGAGUCGA